AUGGCGGCAGGCCUGCUGCGAAGGAGACAGCGGCGGGCGACGGUGGGCGGCGUGGCAGGUGGGACUGUGUUGGCGGCGGGCUGCUCUGGCUCGGCCAGUGGCGAUGGCGGCAGGCCUGCUGCGAAGGAGACAGCGGCGGGCGACGGUGGGCGGCGCAGGCUCGGCCAGAGGCGAUGGCGGCAGGCCUGGCGCGUCGGAGACAGCGGCGGGCGACAGUGGGCGGCGCGGCAGCUGGGGAUGUGUUGGCAGCGGGCGGCGCUGGCUCGGCCAGUGGCGAUGGCAUCAGGUCUGGCGCGACGGAGACAGCGGCGAGCGACGGUGGGCGGCGCGGCAGCUUUGAAUGUGUUGGCGGCGAUCGGCUCUGGCUCGGCCAGUGGCGAUGGCGGCAGGCCUGCUGCGAAGGAGACAGCGGCGGGCGACGGUGGGCGGCGCUGGCUCGGCCAGAGGCGAUGGCGGCGGGUCUGGCGUGUCGGAGACAGCGGCGAGCGACGGUUUGAAGCGCGGCAGCUGGGACUGUGUUGGCGGCGGGCUGCUCUGGCUCGGCCAGUGGCGAUGGCGGCAGGCCUGCUGCGAAGGAGACAGCGGCGGGCGACGCUGGGCUGCGCUGGCUUCUCCAGAGGCGAUGGCGGCGGGUCUGGCGUGUCGGAGACAGCGGCGAGCGACGGUGGGCGGCGCGGCAGCUGGGAAUGUGUUGGCGGCGGGCGGCUCUGGCUCGGCCAGUGGCGAUGGCGGCAGGCCUGCUGCGAAGGAGACAGCGGCGGGCGACGGUGGGCGGCGCAGGCUCGGCCAGAGGCGAUGGCGGCGGGUCUGGCGUGUCGGAGACAGCGGCGAGCGACGGUGGGCGGCGCGGCAACUGGGGAUGUGUUGGCGGCGGGCUGCUCUGGCUCGGCCAGUGGCGAUGGCUGCAGGCCUGCUGCGAAUGAGACAGCGGCGGGCGACGGUGUGCGGCGCUGGCUCGGCCAGAGGCGAUGGCGGCGGGUCUGGCGUGUCGGAGACAGCGGCGAGCGACGGUGGGCGGCGCGGCAGCUGGGAAUGUGUUGGCGCCGGCGGCUCUGGCUGGGCCAGUGGCGAUGGCGGCAGGCCUCCUGCGAAGGAGACAGCGGCGGGCGACGGUGGGCGGCGCUGGCUCGGCCAGACGCGAUGGCGGCAGGCCUGGCGCGUCGGAGACAGCGGCGGGCGACAGUGGGCGGCGCGGCAGCUGGGGAUGUGUUGGCAGCGGGCGGCGCUGGCUCGGCCAGUGGCGAUGGCGGCAGGUCUGGCGCGUCGGAGGCAGCGGCGAGAGACGGUGGGCGGCGCGGCAGCUGGGAAUGUGUUGGCGGCGGGCGGCUCUGGCUCGGCCAGUGGCGAUGGCGACAGGCCUGCUGCGAAGGAGACAGUGGCGGGCGACGGUGGGCGGCGCGGCAGCUGGGACUGUGUUGGCGGCGGGCUGCUCUGGCUCGGCCAGUGGCGAUGGCGGCAGGCCUGCUGCGAAGGAGACAGCGGCGGGCGACGGUGGGCGGCGCUGGCUCGGCCAGAGGCGAUGGCGGCAGGCCUGGCGCGUCGGAGACAGCGGCGGGCGACAGUGGGCGGCUCGGCAGCUGGGGAUGUGUUGGCAGCGGGUGGCGCUGUCUCGGCCAGUGGCGAUGGCUGCAGGUCUGGCGUGUCGGAGACAGCGGCGAGCGACUGCGGGAGGCGCGGCAGCUGGGAAUGUGUUGGCGGCGGGCGGCUCUGGCUCGGCCAGUGGCGAUGGCGGCAGGACUGCUGCGAAGGAGACAGCAGCGGGCGACGGUGGGCGGCGCUGGCUCGGCCAGAGGCGAUGGCGGCGGGUCUGGCGUGUCGGAGACAGCGGCGAGCGACGGUUUGCGGCGCGGCAGCUGA